AUGAAUAAACCAGAACUUCGCAUCAAUGUUGUUAUUGUUGGUGCUUCUACAGUUGGUAAAACAAGUCUUGCAAAUCAAUUAGUUAAUAAUUGUUUUAAUGAACAUUAUGAAACAACACAUGGAAUGGAUAUCUUUUCAUAUAAAAUGGAACUUGAUAAUUGUGUUGUUAGUUUGACACUAAGAGAUACUUGUGGACAAGAACAAUACCGUUCAUUAGCAGCUCAGUACUAUAGAGAAACUCAUGGUGCAUUAGUAGUAUAUGAUAUAUCAAAUAGAGACUCUUUUGAGUAUCUUCAAGACUGGGUAAAUGAUGUAUCAAAUUAUUGUCCUCAAGGCGUUAAAAUUGUUGUAGUUGGCAAUAAAGUUGAUUUGGCUGAUGAAGACUUAAGAGUAGUCUCAACAGAAGAAGGACAAAAAUUCUCAAAUGAAGGUAAUUUUGAUUUCUUUGAAACUUCUGCUAAAAGAAAUAUUAAAGUUGAAGCUGCUUUCAGAGACCUUGUGACUAAAAUUGUCCAAUCAGAAAAUUUACCAAAACAAUCUCAGUUUGAAGUAUCUACUUCAAAAGUCUCUAUCUCUACUGAGUCUUCUAAAGAGAAUAAAAAAUGUUGUUAA